AUGGAGGUCGCCCCGCCCCAGCUGCAGCAUCACCUCAGCGACAGCUUCUCCCGCGGGUGGCUGACGAAGCGCGGCGCGCGGACGCCUUCGCUCGAGCGCCUCGUCGCUGACGCCGACCUCGGUCAUUCCUUCGGCAGCUCCAGGUCGUUCUCGUUUAUCGACAUGGACCCCGGGGAGCUCUUCUCCAUGCGGUGGACGGGGACGGGGACGGCCACGGCGCCGCCGGAGAGCGACUUCGACUUCGGGCUUAUUCCCGGCGUCGGGGGCUGUGGCAGUGACCCCCCGUCCCCGGUGCUGGUCAGCGCGAGCCGGGUCAUCCGCGACGGCCGCCUCCUCCCCGGCGACCCCGACGGCCUCCAGGAACGCGCCGCCGACCCGCCCAGCGCGCCGCGGUCGCCGCUGUUCCGCUCGGCCCACAGCACGCCGGCGUCCCCGUCCCCGUCCCCGAGCUCGUGCUCAAGCGGGAGGACGUCCGGGCGGCGCGGCGCGUCGUCGUGGAAGAUACUGCUGCAGUACCUCCGGUUCCUGGUGCCACUGUACCGGAAGGUGAGGGCCCUGCGGCGGUUCCCGGCGCCGAGGCGUCGGCCCCGCGUGGCGCCGGCCAGCCCGGCGCGCGCGUCCACGCCCAGCCCCGAGUGGUGCCACGGCAAUGCCGACACCGCCGUCCGCGACGCCAUCCUCUACUGCAAGAAGUCCAGCGUACGUCCUACGUCCUUGGCACCGACCACCGAACCAGACCAAACCCAGCACCCGCACUGCACGGACACUGACGACCGAUCACUGUGCUUCGUCCUCGCCGACUGA